AUGCAAGUUUCUUGUAGAACCAAAAAUGUUAAUAAGUACUAUAAAGUAAUUGGAGAAGUUGGAUCUGGUACUUAUGGUAAAGUGUAUAAGGCAAAAUGUCUAAAAACCAAUGAUUUUGUGGCUCUAAAGAAAAUUGAUACUAAGGAUUAAAAAAUAAUGGCUGAAGGUAUUAUUGUAAAGCAUAUUUUAAGGAUUUCCAAUCACUGCAAUAAGAGAGAUCAAAUUAUUGAAAAUUAUGAAUCAUAAAAAUAUUUUAAGAUUAAGAGAGAUAAUUAUAAGCAAAGCCUCUUUUAGAAAUAAUUUUAGAGGAUCUACCUUUUUAGUUUUUGACUAUUAUGAUCAUGAUUUUGCAGGUCUUCAUAGAUUAAGAAAUAUCUUUACACUACCACAAAUUAAAUGCAUUUUUAAAUAGCUUUUAGAGGGAGUUAAAUAUCUUCAUGAAAGCAAAAUUAUUCAUCGGGAUUUGAAAUGUGCCAACAUUCUUAUGAAUAAUAAGGGAUAAGUGACUCUGGCUGAUUUUGGUUUAGCCAGAACACUAUCAAAUGUGAAUAAUCCAAAAUAUACUUAUAAAGUAGUGACUUUAUGGUAUAGAGCCCCUGAAUUGCUUUUAGGUUAAACUAAUUAUAACACUUAAAUUGAUAUGUGGAGUCUUGGUUGUAUUUUUGCUGAGUUGAUUACAGGAGAAGUACUUUUCAAAGGAGAUAUUGAGUUUAGAUAAAUGGAAAGGAUUUAUGAAUUGUGUGGGAGUGCUACAGAAUAAAAUUGGUCUAAUUGUGUUAAUUUGAGAUAAUGGGAAGAGUUUAAACCAAGAAGAAAUUAUGAAAGAUUAUUGGUUAAACAUAUUAAAGAUGUUUGUCAAGCACUAAAUAAAUAAAUUGAUUAAGUAACUUUAGAUCUAAUAGAUCAUCUUCUAAUCUUAGAUCCAAAUAAAAGGUUAAAUGCAAUUUAAGCUUUGAAUCAUGAUUUUUUCAAAUAGGAACCUAAAGCAUGUUAACCAAAUGAAAUGCCCUAAUUUGAAAAGGAAUUUCAUGAAACACUUUUAAAGAAUGAAAUGAGAUUACAAUAACAAAGACUUGAAAAACAAUAAAUGAGACCAUCAUCUAAUACUACAUAGAAACUAUAAAAGGUUGUGCGAGAUGAGAGAAAUAUGUCUAAGCCUUAAUAGUCUUCUCCAUCAAGAGAUCAAAGAAAUAAACAAGAAAUAGAUUUUGAAGAUAUAAUAAAAUUUGAACUUGCUGAAGAAAAGAAAAAAGUAAAAUUAAAUUGAA